GAUCGGUCUGCUGGUUUGCCUUCUAUUCCAUAAUAAAACUUUUGAUGAAGGAAUAUUUAUAAUUUGCUUUACAAUUUCGCGCGGGAAUCGAACCCGCGAAACCACUCUUUGUGUGAUCCACAGAUCGUUUUUCCGGGUCUGGGUGUCAUGUGUUUGUGAACUUUUAUGUUUGUAAACGCACUCGACACAGGAGAAAAUCCUAGUGUGGAGCAACGUUUUUUUUUUAAAGAAGAGGAUGAAGAAAAUUUCCAAAUCUGGAAUUGGAUAUGUUUGCCUCUAUAAGAUAAAAACGGCAUUAUUCACCAAUUUAUAAUUGAGGAUAAUAUAUUGUGGCAAGAUUAUCAUCAGAAAUAUUUGCUUCAAUACGGCGAAUUAAACUUCGUACUAUUAGCGAGAUAUCAAAGUGAUCGAUAGAUCUACUUGUCGAAUAUUUAUUGCGAUGUCAGUGUUUGUUACUGGACAGUGUCAGGUAUAACGUGCAAGUUGGUGUUGAUUCAUUUAUUGACAAAAUGGGGCAUCCUACAAAACCUUCGUUCUACGUAGGGUGUAUGAAUGCGAUGAGUACGUUUUCACAUGUACUUAUGGGCGCAGCUGCCAUACUUGCGUUUGCACUAGUAGAGGAAUCUAAUCCAUCAGUGUACAACGCUCACGUCUAUAUUACUGUCAUUGGGGUAACACUCCUAUGCAGUCAAGCGAUAUUGUCAGUUAACCCACAUGUGGGAUUCCAAGACAAUUUUAUGUACCCACAGAAAUCGAAACUUUAUUGGAUCAUACAGAUAAUUGGUUGUACCCUGACGUUAGUCGGAGCUUGGCUGGGGAUAGCCGCAAUGCCUGGUAGAAUCGCCCCGGGGUUAAUAUAUUAUCCUCAUGGAAUGGUUGGUUUCGUAGCUUCGAUAUUGACUGCUGUGACUCUAGUUGGUGCUAUUACAAACUUACUGUUAGAGGAAAAAUUAACAAGUUCUACGAAGAGUUUGUAUGUGAUUGUAGGAACUCUCACUAUAAUAAUGACCUAUGUAGCAAUGGUGUUACAGUUUGACAGAGCUGCUAGGAACGCAGUCAUUUAUCGUAGUGGUACUGUUGCAAUAACUGUCGGUUUGGUUUUUGCUAUCUUACCAUUUGUUGCGUUGGUAGUCAUGACUGGUGCCCGAGUGGUUGUGACUGGUAGUAUUAAGUCUUAA